AUGGUUUUCAUUUUAAUUUUGCUAGUAUUUCUGACAAACCUUGUCUUUUCUGCUUUCAGAUUAAAGAUUUUCUUACUGAGGCUCCAUCUUCCAGCAAACGCUGUGGGAAUCAGUGAUGUCUUCCUCUAGGACUGUUUCAAACACUUCUGUCAUCAUUCACCCUCCAGGUUUCUACAUUGUUGGAUUUGAGUCAUUUCCCUUCAUAUCUGUGUAUUUCAUCUUCCUGGCAUUUGUUUAUAUAUUUUCAGUGAUGUUUAACUGUUUGCUGAUUUAUACAAUUGCUGUGAGUCACAGUUUGCACACUCCAAAAUUCUUGGCCAUCACCAACCUGGCAGUGAUAGAUUUAGUGCUUAACUCCUGCACCAUUCCUGGCAUGAUAAAGAUUUUUCUCAUUAAAGACAAUUUUAUUCCGUUUAACCUGUGUCUUGUUCAGAUGUUUGUAUAUUAUGCAUUUGCAGCUCUGGAGUCUUAUGCACUCACUAUACUGGCCUAUGACAGGCUGAUUGCUAUAUGUUUCCCCUUCAGGCAGAACUCAAUCAACACAGUGCGCAGCAUGUGCUGGAUUAUUUUUGCUUCUUGGUGUUUUAUUGUGGGAAUUAUAACGUUUUCUGUAAGCUCAAUGACUCGACUGUCUUUUUGCAACUCUGUCAGGGUGUUCAGUUAUUUCUGUGACUAUGCACCUGUGUUUCGACUUGCCUGUAACGAUUAUUCACUGCAGUGGUCGGCAUCUUCAUCCCUCUCUGUUCUGACCCUGGGAGGACCUUUCAUUUUCAUCCUGCUCUCCUAUGUGAGCAUCCUGGUGACUGUGUUCAAGAUGAAAUCUGUGGACCGACGAGUGAAAACUUUGGCCACAUGUGUUGAACAUAUUAUUGUUGUUGCUAUAUUUUAUAUUCCUCUCCUUGUUAUUUUCAGCAUUGGGUUUUUUUCAAGGGUAGUGGACCCAGAGAAGAGAGUUCUGAGUCUGUCGCUGGCAUCUUGCAUGCCUCCUUGCAUUAAUCCUAUUGUUUAUUCUCUAAAAACUGAGGAGAUUAAAAUCAGAACACUAGUUUUGUUUAGAAAAACCAAAGUUAAUACAAAAUUCUAAUACAAUCCUUGCAGACGUUACAGUGACAAACUG